AUGUCCUUCCUUGAGCGUCAAAAGACGCGCAUUACGGGUGACGAAGAUGGCGCCCGUCGACACAGCAUCCUCAAUCCCUCGUCCUCGGGCAAGAUACCCAACGCGAAGAAACCACGCACGAGACCGCCCGCAUCGAUACGCGAUCAUCUCCCUUACCCAAACUCGACCCUCUCUCCCACUUCAGGGCCAUACUCCAUAGGCAGCAUGGAGAUAGAAGUCCCUGUCGAACACCCUCGUCCGAUCUCGAACAUCAAGCGCAAGGGCCGGCACCUUCUGCAGUUGGAGACUGUUUUGUUUACACUAUAUUACCCAGCCUCGUUCGGGAGUGGUAACGGGAACGCCCCAGGAGGAGAGAAGAAAUGGAGUCGCGAGACAUGGCUUCCAAGGCCGCGCAUGGAGACGGCGAAGGGUUAUGCGCGGUUUGCUGGCAUACCGAGCCCUAUAAGCAUCGGCAUCUUUGGCGCGACCACCAUGCUCACCAAAUUGCGCGGUUUUAGGAACGCCCCUCCUGCGACCCAUUGGCCUCCGGAAGGCAACAUGAAGAAAGACGGGUAUGAGAUCAAGAACCAGCAGGGUAGUCCGCCCGAGGGCAUGAACGACGAGCCCAUGUUCCCACUGUUGAUGUUUAGUCAUGGUCUUGGUGGCUCUAGAACCGCAUACAGCAGCCUAUGCUCUGAGUUCGCGAGCUACGGCUUCGUCGUGUGCGCAGUGGAGCAUAGAGACGGGAGUGGACCGCGGACUUUCAUUAAUCACAAGAAGCGAGGGAAGCGGAGAAAGGAUGCCCAAGGAGGAGGGAAAGCGAACCAUACGGAUUGCGACGGAGACGUAGAAGACGACAAAGACUUUGCCAAGUUUCAGCAUCUGGAUCACACUGACGAAGAAAUUGCGCAAGGUUAUCACUAUGUCGACUACAUCUUCCCCAAAGAUAAUCCGAUGGACACCGCACCGAACAAUGAGCACGGCGUCGACGGCGAACUGCGCAGCGCACAAAUAGAGCUGCGCCUUUGCGAGCUAGAGGAAGCAUACCGUGUACUCAAGAUGAUAUCUGACGGCGAUGGAGAGGAAAUCGCACGACAGAAUCUCCGAGGCGAAGGCUACGUUGGAGGCUCUUCCAGAGGUCUGGGCGGAAUUGAUUGGGCACAAUGGAAACAUCGUUUUCACGUAGAUAAAAUGACAAUGGCUGGUCAUAGUUUCGGAGCAGCAACAGUGGUAGAAGUGCUCAGGCACGCCGAAAGAUUUACUAAUGUGCAAGCGGGGAUAAUCUACGACAUCUGGGGCGCGCCUGUAAAGCCACCUGUGGAAGACCCGAAGCACCGAAUACACCUCCCCCUGCUGGGCAUCGCCAGUGAAGCGUUCAUGUAUUGGCAGAAAAACUGGGAUGCGUCCAUGUCUCUGAUGAAGGAGGCCAGCGAGCAUGGUGCCCCUGCGUAUCUUCUUACGGUCCGAGGCUCCGUUCACAUCAACCAAAGCGACUUCUCGAUCUUGUACAAGCACGUCUCAUCGUUGUUCAUGAAGGCCACUGUCCAUCCGCAAAGAGCUAUCGAUCUCAACGUCAGCACUAGCCUCGAGUUCCUCCGUUUGGUUACGCCCGACUCGGGAGGCGGCAAGUCCAUCAUUAAUCGAUGUAUGACAGAUGAGAAGAUUCUGGACACGCCUCUUAUGGAAGACAUGCCCAACGACCACCGACCGAACGACCAGUGGAUAGCUGCCCGACUACGAGUUGACAAUGAGUUCAGGAAACGGUUAGCUGCUGGUCUGCAAAGAAAGUUUAAGCGCAACUUUCAAGGCGGCAUGGGCACUGGAUACACGACUUCUGACGAGAUGUGGUGUUUCCAUAAACCUUCAGAGGAGGAUCUGCAAACAUGGAUCAAAGCAGAAGACAGAGGAGAAAAGCGCAUAGAUGAGGAUCAUGCUAUUGUAUCGGCGGAGGAAUCUCGGAAUAAUCAUCAUGCGGCUGCCGAUGCGCCUAGAUCUGCAAGCCCCUCCCGCAGAGAGGCAGAGAGAAGCGAAAGACCGGUACGGGAACAUGAGGCGGAGGUAAAGGAUGCAAACAGUCAGCAAACAGGGCAUGGGGUUCGAGAUAGAUAUGAUGAUGCGGAGAAGAACACUAGUGGGGAGUCUGGGGGUGGGCACGCAGCGGCCGCUGCAGAGCAGGGCGAAGAUGAACAAUCGAACAACUGGUUGGGCGUCGUGCCGAAGCUUAGACACGGUCCAGGGCAAGCAUCAGCAUAG